CUGUACCUGUGCGGUGGGCGGAGUGUGUUCCCGGGAUCCCGGGCGGUGCUGGCGGUGAUCUGCGGGUUGUAUGGGGAGAUCAGGGGAUCGGGACCAUGUCGGUGUAUGAGCUCUACUCCCGGUAUACCCGGGUCUGGAUUCCUGACCAGGAUGAAGUCUGGAGAGCGGCCGAAAUUAUCAAGGAUUAUAAGGAAGGAGAUAAAAAGCUGCACCUGAAACUUGAAGAUGAAACUGUUAUAGAGUUCCCUGUGACUGCCACCUCUUUACCUCAUUUACGUAAUCCAGAUAUUCUGGUGGGUGAAAAUGACCUGACGGCCCUCAGCUAUCUCCAUGAGCCGGCCGUGCUUCACAAUCUCAAAGUGCGCUUCUUAGAGUCCAACCACAUCUAUACCUACUGUGGUAUUGUUUUAGUUGCCAUAAACCCCUAUGAGCAGUUGCCAAUCUACGGUGAAGAUGUCAUUUACGCGUACAGCGGCCAAAACAUGGGUGACAUGGAUCCCCACAUAUUUGCUGUGGCUGAAGAAGCCUACAAGCAGAUGGCCAGGGAUGAGAAGAACCAGUCCAUCAUAGUGAGUGGGGAAUCUGGUGCCGGAAAAACCGUGUCUGCCAAAUAUGCCAUGAGAUACUUUGCCACAGUUGGUGGGUCUGCUAGUGAAACAAACGUGGAAGAUAAAGUGCUGGCGUCCAGCCCCAUCAUGGAGGCCAUCGGCAAUGCCAAAACAACACGGAAUGAUAACAGCAGUAGAUUCGGAAAGUACAUUCAGAUUGGAUUCGACAAAAGAUAUCACAUCAUUGGUGCCAAUAUGAGGACAUACCUGCUGGAGAAGUCACGUGUGGUGUUUCAGGCAGAAGAGGAGAGGAACUAUCACAUCUUCUACCAACUGUGUGCCUCCUCCAGGUUACCCGAGUUUGCCGACUUGUCGCUAACCCAAGCCGAGGAUUUUUUCUACACCUCACAGGGAGGCGAAACGGCCAUUGAUGGAGUGGAUGAUGCUGAUGACUUUGACAAAACGAGACAAGCUUUUACACUUCUGGGUGUAAAAGAGUCUCAUCAGAUGACUAUAUUUAGGAUCAUCGCCUCUAUUCUGCAUCUGGGGAACGUGCAGAUCCUUUCCGAGCGUGAUGGAGAAUCCAGCAGUCUGGAGAAAGAGGACGAACAUCUCAACCACUUCUGCACCUUGCUCGGCGUGGAGCACGACCAGAUGGCGCACUGGCUGUGCCAUCGGAAAUUGGUCACCACAUCAGAGACCUAUGUGAAGAACAUGGCCGUUCAGCAAGCCGUGAAUGCCAGGAACGCUCUGGCAAAGCACAUCUAUGCUCAGCUAUUUAACUGGAUCGUACAUCAUGUGAACAAAGCUUUGCAUACCACCAUCAAACAGCACUCUUUUAUUGGGGUGCUCGACAUAUACGGGUUUGAAACAUUUGAAAUAAACAGCUUUGAACAAUUCUGCAUCAAUUACGCCAAUGAAAAGCUACAGCAGCAAUUUAACUCGCAUGUAUUUAAACUGGAACAAGAGGAAUACAUGAAGGAACAGAUCCCUUGGACCCUAAUUGAUUUCUAUGAUAAUCAACCCUGCAUUGACCUGAUCGAGGCAAAACUCGGCAUUCUGGAUCUUCUGGAUGAGGAGUGCAAGGUCCCCAAGGGAACAGACCAGAACUGGGCCCAGAAACUCUACGAUAGGCACGGCAGUAGUCAGCACUUUAAGAAACCACGGAUGUCGAAUAUCUCCUUCAUCAUUGUGCACUUUGCUGAUAAGGUGGAGUAUCAGUGUGACGGCUUCUUAGAGAAGAAUCGAGAUACCGUGUAUGAGGAACAGAUCAACAUUUUCAAAGCCAGCAAGUAUCAGUUGGUCGCUGACCUUUUCCAUGAUGAAAAGGACGCUGUACCUCCAACACCAACUGGCAAAUCAAAAAUCAAUGUUCGGCCCCUCAAACCUGCAAUGAAAAAUGCCAAUAAAGAACACAAGAAAACCGUGGGACAUCAGUUUCGGAACUCCCUCAAGCUGCUGAUGGAAACCUUGAACGCCACCACGCCUCAUUAUGUCCGCUGCAUUAAGCCCAACGAUGAGAAACUGGCAUUCAGCUUCGAUCCCAAGCGAGCCGUACAGCAGCUGAGGGCGUGUGGAGUCCUGGAGACAAUCAGGAUCAGCGCUGCUGGCUAUCCAUCUAGGUGGACUUACCCUGAUUUCUUCAACCGGUAUCGUGUUCUUAUGAGCAAGAAAGAGCUUUCCCUGAGUGAUAAAAAGCUCAUCUGCAAGAAUGUUCUAGAGCAUCUGAUAAAGGAUCCAGAUAAAUCCCAGUUUGGUCGCACAAAGAUCUUCUUCCGCGCCGGGCAAGUGGCUUACCUGGAGAAGCUGCGAGCGGACAAGUUCCGUGCGGCCACCAUUAUGAUCCAGAAGACGGUGCGGGGCUGGUUACAGAGGCUGAAAUACAGGAGGAUGAAGAUUGCGUCCGUCACUAUUCAGAGAUACGUGCGGGGACACCUCGCUCGCAGAUUGGUUCAGCAUAUUCGAAAAACGAAAGCAGCCAUUUGCUUCCAGAAACAAUUCCGAAUGAUUCGCAUCUAUCGGGUGUACCAGACAAUGCGCAGGGCGGCCAUCACCAUCCAGUCCUACGCCCGGGGCAUGGUGGACCGGAGAGCUUAUCGUGAGCUCCUGCAACAGCACAAGGUUACGAUCAUUCAGAAGAACCUACGAGGGUGGAUGGUCCGCAAACAGUUUGUCAAGUUCCGCUGUGCCGCCAUUGUCAUCCAGUGUUAUUUCCGCCGCAUGAUGGCACGGCGGGAGCUUAAAAAGCUGAAGAUUGAGGCCAGGACGGCCGAGCACUUUAAGAAGCUGAGCGUGGGCAUGGAGAACAAGGUGGUUCAGCUGCAGAGGAAGAUUGAUGAGCAGAACAAAGACUACAAGGACCUGAAGGAGCAGCUAGUGACAGUGACGACCUCUCGCUCAACAGAGGUGGAGAAGCUGCAGAAGGAGCUGGAGAGACAACGGCAGAACCAGCAGGAUGAUAACCAACUGGCCAGUCUGCAGGAGGAGAUCGAGGCUCUGAGGGCUGAACUGGAAAGCAGCAGAGAUGAGAGGAAGAUUGUAGAGGACUCCUAUAUGAGCGAGAAGCAGCAGCUACAGCAGCGAAUCUCUGAACUAGAAGAUGAGAACAGCCACCUAAAGGAAGAGAAAGAAGAGCUCAAUCAACGAAUCCUCCUCCACUCUGAAGAUGAAUUUACGCAAAGCGAAGGAGUGAAGGAAAACCUGCAGACCCAGAAGGACCUGGAGGAGGAGCGGGCUCGCUACCAAAAUCUGGUGAAGGAGUAUACCCGUCUAGAGCAGAGAUAUGACAACUUGCGGGAGGAGGUCACGCUUAUCAAGCAAACCCCUGGGCACCGUAGGAAUCCCUCCAACCAGAGCAGCUUGGAAUCUGACUCCAACUACCCCUCCAUCUCCACGUCUGAAAUUGGGGACACUGAAGACACCAUUAUGGAGGUUGAGGAGGUCGGGCUGGAGAAGGCUGCAAUGGACAUGACUCUGUUCCUGAAACUUCAGAAGAGGGUGAGGGAGCUGGAACUGGAGAGGAAGAAACUGCAAAACCAGUUAGAGAAGAAGGAGAAGGAGAAGGAGCAGGAAGAAAAUAAUAAGCCGCAGGUCAUUGAAACAUCAAAUGACACGGAUCGUGACACAGACAUCGCCUACAACAACCUGAAGAGGCAAGAGCUAGAAUCUGAGAAUAAGAAGCUCAAGAAUGACCUGAAUGAGCUUAGGAAAGCCAUUGCGGAUGCAGCAAAUGAGGAAGACUCUAAUGAGGAGCCCAGCAGUUACACCCUCCUACUGAACCAGCUGAAAUCCGCCCUCGAGGAAUUGGAAGUGCGCAAGGAAGAGAUUCUCAUUCUCAGGACGCAGAUUGUAAACUCUGCUCAGCAGAAAGACCCAGAGAAGAAUCUGGAUAAAGAGAAAAACUGGGCAAACAGCGAUAAAGAAAUGGAUCAGGAUGAUGCCAUCGAGGCAUAUCAUGGUGUCUGUGAGACCAACAGAAAGACUGAGGACUGGGGGUAUCUGAAUGAAGAUGGUGAGCUGGGCCUGGCCUAUCAAGGUUUAAAACAAGUGGCCAGGAUCCUGGAGGCUCAGCUACAGACCCAGAGCCAGCAGCACGAGGAUGAGAUGGAGGCAAUGACUUCUCAGAUCGAAUCUCUGAAGGAAGAACUAGAGAAGCAGCAGCACUUUCUCUUCCAGGCACUGCAGCUCUCUCCUGAGGCUCAGGUGGAGUUCGGCAUCCAGCAGGAAAUCACACGACUCACCAAUGAGAACCUGGACCUAAAAGAAUUGUUGGAGAAGUCAGAGAAGAAUGAGAAGAAACUGAAGAAGCAGCUAAAGCUGUAUCAGAAGAAGAUGCAGGAAACAGAAGGGACUUCAGACUUUGUCCAACCAGAGCGGAAGCAGCCAGAGCUGACCAGGCAGGUGACGGUACAGCGCAUCGAGAAGGACUUCCAGGGCAUGCUGGAGUAUUAUAAGGAGGACGAGCCUCUCCUCGUCAGGAACCUCGUAUUAGACCUGAAGCCUGAGCUGACCUCUGCGACCGUGCCGUGUCUGCCCGCGUACAUCUUGUUUAUGUGCAUCAGACACGCCGACUAUAUUAAUGACGAUCAAAAGGUCCACUCGCUGCUCACCUCCACCAUCAAUGGCAUCAAGAAAGUGCUUAAGAAACACAACGAUGACUUCCGGAUUACAUCAUUCUGGCUCUCAAACUCCAGCCGUCUCCUCCAUUGUUUGAAGCAAUAUAGCGGGGAUGAGGGUUUCAUGACCAGCAAUUCUCAGAAGCAGAACGAGCAUUGUCUCCGUAAUUUCGACCUCACCGAGUACCGUCAGGUUCUUAGUGAUCUGUCCAUCCAGAUCUAUCAGCAGCUCAUAAAGAUCGCAGAGGCUCUCCUGCAGCCAAUGAUAGUGUCGGCCAUGUUGGAAACCGAGAGUAUUCAGGGUUUGUCCGGAGUGAAGCCAACUGGAUAUCGGAAAAGAUCCUCCAGUAUGGCGGAUGGCGGCGACAACUCCUACAGCCUGGAAGCCAUCAUCCGCCAGCUGAAUGCCUUCAAUCUCGUCAUGUGUGAUCAUGGCCUAGACCCCGAGAUUAUCCAGCAAGUGUUCAAACAGCUCUUCUACAUGAUCAACGCCGUGUCACUGAACAACCUUCUUCUGAGGAAAGACAUCUGUUCCUGGAGCACCGGCAUGCAGCUCAGGUAUAACAUCAGUCAGCUGGAGGAAUGGCUGCGAGGGAAGAACCUGCAUGUCAGCGGAGCAGCUCAGACGAUGGAGCCUCUGAUCCAUGCAGCACAACUACUACAGCUAAAGAAGAAAAACCAAGAGGAUGCUGAGGCCAUCUGCACGCUGUGUACGGCUCUCACUACACAACAGAUUGUGAAAAUCCUGAACCUGUACACACCAGUAAAUGAAUUUGAAGAGCGAGUCACAGUGUCCUUCAUCAGGACCAUUCAGGCUCAGUUACAGAACCGGAAUGACCCUCCACAACUCCUGCUAGACUCCAAGUAUAUGUUCCCCGUCUUAUUCCCCUUCAACCCUUCACUGAUCACCAUGGACACCAUCCACAUCCCAUCUUCCCUUCGCCUCGACUUCCUCAACAAAGUCUAAAAGGACUACAGAAUUUUUUUAUAUUAUGAUAAUAACCCCCAAAAGAAGACAACAAAAAAAAAACUACUCUUGAAGUAUAUAUGUGGGACCAAUCCUGACAUCAUGUGGAAAACCGUUCAAAUCUCAUCUGCACUGAACCUGAUUUUUAAUUUAUCCCUCCGACAAAAACACUGAGAUUUUAAAUUUUAUUUUUUAAAGUAAAAGAUAGUCGAGAUUCGUGGAAGAGCGAGUUUACAUCGGAGUGUUGCACAAAUACGCGGAGAAUAAAAAAGAGAAAAUAUUGUUUUUAAGCUACUGUUAUAUUUUUAAUAUAAUUUGUUUUACAGAAAUGAUAUCCUCGGAUUGAAAAGGAAAAAAUUUAAAAUCUGUCACUUUGUAAAUGUAAAAUGCUGUAACUGUAAAUACAGCUGUAGAGCCCCGCAGCCGAGGGGCCCACGGCAGAAAAAAAAAAAAAUCAUGCAUCAAAAA